UUUUCAGUUGUUCAAAUGGUGUCACUGGCCCCUCUACAUCCUUAUCAUUGGUUGUCAAUGUCAAAUGAACACAGAUCUGUGAUUUCACACAUUUUUCCAGUAUGGCAAGGAUGUUUGACUACGAGUAUCUUUCUCAAGAACAUCUUGCUGGCUUUGAACACUACAAGUAUAGUUCCGUGGACACAAAUCCGCUGAGUAUCUAUGUUAUGCACCCCUUUUGGAAUUCCAUUGUGAAAUUCUUUCCAGAAUGGGUGGCUCCCAAUGUCCUGACUUUCACAGGGUUCAUGCUGACUGUGCUGAACUUUCUUCUGUUCUCUGUGUAUGACUAUGAGUUUCGUGCCUCAAGUGACACAUUUCCAAAGAAUCCUCCUAUACCCGAGUGGGCAUGGCUUGCAUCAGCUCUCUGCGUUUUUGCUGCCCACACCCUUGAUGGGAUUGAUGGGAAGCAGGCUCGAAGAACUAAAACAAGUGGUCCUCUCGGGGAGCUCUUUGAUCAUGGCCUCGACUCUUGGACAACUUUGUUCAUACCUGCAUGUUUGUACAGUGUUUAUGGGUCCAGUGACUAUAGCAUUGGACCUUUACGAAUGUAUUUUUGCCUUUGGAAUGUUUUUGGAAUGUUUUAUGUCUCACAUUGGGAGAAAUACAACACGGGUCUUCUUUUCCUGCCAUGGGGAUAUGACCUUUCUAUGGUGGUAGCCACUCUCAUUUUCUCCCUGACCUUUUUUGGGGGAUACUCAAUGUGGAAGUUUGACUUGCCUGGUACUAGUGUAUCAGCCGGCAUCCUCUGUGAAAUGAUGCUCUAUGCUGGUUCCUUGGGGAUCAGUCUUCCAAUGUCUUUCUACAACAUCUACAAGGCUUACAAGGAUGGAACUGGGAAAGGGCGAAGCUUCACUGAAGCAAAUCGACCAUUUUUCUCCCUGGCAUUAUUUUUCACCUCAUGCAUGGUGUGGAUUGCCUACUCGCCUUCAAAUAUCAUUGUGGUUGACCCAAGGGCUUUCUACUUCAUGACAGGGACUGUUGUCUCCAAUAUUUGCUGUCGUUUGAUAGUGAACCAAAUGAGUGAUACAAGGUGCGAUCUAGUCCAUUGGAUUCUGGUCCCAGUUAUUGUCGCCCUUGGGAUUGUCUUGUGCCUGCCUGCUGGCAUAGCCAGUACAGAGAAGUACAUUCUGUGGCUCCUGACUGGGGGUGUGACUCUGCUCCACAUUCACUAUGGGAUCUGUGUGGUCCGUCAGAUGUGCAAGCAUUUCAACAUUCACUGUUUCAGCAUAUCCAAGAAAGAAGAUUGACUAUUAGCCGACAAUGCGUAAAUAAUCAGGAGUCAGAGAGGCAUACAAGGGUGGCGCUUAUGAUAAAGUAUAAUGUAGUACUCCUAGUGCUAUCAAUGGGAUUGGGGCCCACAUACUUUCAUAUGAGAAGUUGAUUCAACAUAGUCUCCAUGCUAUUCAGUAAUCCCUGGAUCAGGGUCACCCAUUGUAUGCUUCUUUCUGCACUUCAUAGAACUGUUUCUCUGGGUUCAGCCAUAUUCUACGUACAGCAUUUCCUAUGUAUCCUUUAUCCCUAUAUUUAUUCUGCACUUUAUUUAUUUCUUUUCACUCUCAUUUGGACCU